AUCGAAGCAGCUAAUUUUUACUGUGCAAACGAUAACUCUCUACGGAAAGCCGAAGGUAGAUAUUAAUUUGGUUCUGGAAACUUUGUACGUACAUUAUAUAAGUUCUUCUUGGUCCAAGUAAGAACCCUUAACGAAUCAACUGAGAAUAGAGUCAUAAUAGCGCUUUCAAAAUAAUGGAGAACGUGUUAACAAACAGUACAAGUCUUCCCUGCAUAAUCUUGCAUCAAAGAGUACAUAAACGUCUAGAUAAUUAAAUAAUGACGUAAGCAAACAAAAAUCACUCGCAAACACUGUCAUCCGUCACUUUCUUUUCAUCAAAAUUAUUCAUGUUCUUUUACUAAAUAAAUAAGAAACGCUAAUAAAAAAAGCAAAACUACGUAAAUUUUGAACCUCGAAAUGGUACUUCCAGCAUCAGAACGACCGGAUCGAUUACGAACCAUCUUAUUGGCAUAUCCGACCCGCGUAACGAAAAAGUAUGUGCCACCAGUCUAUACCGGAAAAGUGUUCACUGGUGUACGACCAAGUGCCGUACGAGGUAGACCAAAGCAAAACUGGCGUCUUAACAAGUUAGCUAUUCCGAAUCGGACGGUACCAAAAUAUGUUUUUGUUGAGGAGAAAGGUACCGGUAUACGGCCAUCGGCAUUAACAGUGAACAUUACGCAAAGGAUGGAUGAUAUGAGUAAACCGACAUUGCGGUACUUAUACCAAGCACGCAAAGCGUACAGUGAAUUAGGUCCAAGAAUUAAAAAAAAUUUGCAGAAAACAAUCAAUCAGUCUUGGAAGACUAUUUACAACUAUUACCGCAAGCAAAUGAUCGAUAUUAAACGGAAGAAGGAUAUGCGAUUAGCGAAACAAAAAGAAUUAGCCACCAAAACUGUUGUGAAAACGAAGACUCCAAAGGAACUUAAAGAAGAAAAGGAAAAAAGGAUUGCCGCGUGGUGUGCAGUUAAAGCACAACCAAAAAAAUCAUUUCCUCCGCCACCUUUGCCGGUGCAGAAACGACCAGCUGCUACUUUAAAUGAGAUAAUAGUCCAUGCAAACAUUUUGGCAGAACCCAGGAGCGUCACUGUAAAAUUCAUUCGACCAUCAAUAGAUCCAACUUACAUUGAUCCUACCAGGGUAAAACCAGCGGCUAAAACGUACGUUGCAUCAGAGCGCGUUUUGGAAUUAGCAAAAAAUCCAGCGCAUAGACUUCUCAAGGAACGUCCCAUUGUUCCCGGAGCUGUAAAGAAAUCCGCCUUGACGUGCGCAGUGUCGCCGAGAUUUGAUGAGUUGGCAGUACCUAAAAAGAAAGCCGCUGAGAAGGAUUCCGAUCUUAAAGAAAACCCGUUCCAAAUUAGUCCCAAUGCUCUUAAAGCUAAAACAACUGCUAGAAUAAAGGAAUUGGCGAAACCUAUAGAACGUUAAGAUGGCAAAAAAAAAUGAAUAACAGAAAUUAGACAAAAAAUGUACAAUAUAAUAAAGUUUUUAGCUUAUUCUUCA